AAAAAAUAACAUCACCCAUCUGUGUGCUAUCUGCUUUUGCUUCGUAAACUGCUGCAGAAAAAGUGAGGAAAACUAUUAAAAGAUGUGCUCGGGCGUGCUAUUAAAAACUCAUUAGCUUCUGGACGGGUUUGGUGAACGUUUGCUCACUGCCAGCCGACUCAACCGUACGCGCCUCGAGCGUAAGACAGCAGCAAAAUGUUUCGCAGCCGUAGCUGGUUCGGGGGAGGAUGGAACCGUCCGAAGAAUCGCCUAUCACUUGAUCAUCUGAAAUAUUUGUACAGCGUGCUGGAGCGUAACACGACCGUGUCCGAAAGCAACCGCGGCCUGCUGGUGGAAUCGCUACGGUCCAUAGCAGAAAUUCUAAUCUGGGGCGAUCAAAAUGAUUCCUCCGUAUUCGACUUCUUUCUGGAAAAGAAUAUGCUCUCCUACUUUCUGCACAUAAUGCGUCAAAAGAGCGGAGGAUCGAGCUUCGUGUGCGUGCAGCUGCUGCAAACGCUAAACAUCCUGUUCGAGAACAUCCGCAACGAGACGUCGCUGUACUACCUGCUCAGCAACAACUUGGUCAAUUCGAUCAUUGUCCACAAGUUUGACUUCUCCGACGAGGAUGUGAUGGGCUAUUACAUACUGUUUCUGAAAACGUUGAGCCUGAAGCUCAACACGCACACGAUACACUUCUUCUACAAUGAGCAUACGAACGAUUUCCCGCUCUACACGGAAGCGAUCAAGUUCUUCAACCAUCCCGAAUCGAUGGUACGCAUUGCCGUGCGUACGAUCACGCUGAACGUGUACAGAGUGCAGAACCCGAACAUGCUGCAGUUCAUACGGGACAAAACGGCCGCACCGUACUUUAGCAAUUUAGUAUGGUUCAUUGGUAAACAUAUCCUCGAGCUGGACACUUGCGUUCGUAACGACAUUGACCACCAGUCCCAGCACCGUUUAGCCAACCUCGUGGCGGAACAUUUGGAUCAUUUGCACUAUCUGAACGACAUACUGUGUCUCGAUAUUGCCGAUCUCAAUGCCGUCCUUACGGAGCACCUGCUGCACAAGCUGUUCGUGCCGCUGUACAUAUUCUCCCUCACACCCUCACCGCCGAUGUCGAUGGCCGAGGUGACGUGUAACCUUGCGGCCGUGCUUAACAAGGUCGUCGAUAUUGACAUCAAGGAGAUGAACAAUCCGCGCGUUGCCAGUGUCGUGGCCCUGUUUCUGCUGUCGCUCGUGUUUCUUGUCAUCACGCACCGGCCACUGAUCAAUGCGCUAACGUGGGUCAUCCUCAAUGCGGAUCAUACCGUGUUCAAGGAGGGCGCUGCCCAGGUACUAAACGCAUACAUCGACAACCGGGAGGUGGUGGCGUUGGGAUUUGUACAGCCAGUGGAAAGCCUGGAGGAGGCGCUGGAAAGUACGGUAGCUUCCUCUGCUGCUUACGGGGUGGAGCAGCUUCACUUGGCGGACGAACCGAGCGGAAGCAACAAUAAGAGCCCGAACAGUAGUAGUAGCAGCAGUGGUAAGAGCCAUGCUAGCAGUACCAGCACUUCGACCAACAAUGAAGCACCCAUAUCGAAUUCCCCUAGCCCGCCGACCCUUUCGGAAGAGAUUGAAAAGGUGAACAUCACCGACGAGGAAAAGGAGAAGCUUUUACUCAAUGCGUACCGUACGCCCGAAACGAAUCGUCCCUUCCUCGACAUGGUCCUGUCGUCGCUCGAUUGUACCGAGAACGACUUUCUAGCGUUGUUGGCAUUGUGUUUGCUUUACGCACUCGCAAACAACAAAGACGGUGUAAACUCGGAAUGGCUAGAGAUCGUGCUGAAUCGCUCAUCACCUUCAAAUCGUACCCAGUAUAACGUGAUACUGAUCGAGAAGUUGCUACAGAUCGUUAACAUUUCUAGCCAACCCUCCUGUCGCAUACGGCUCGUUACCACUGAGCUGGCGUUGAAGCUGCUCGGUCAGAUCAUUGGUUCCGGUGUGGAAGAUUCCAGCCCGUCCGUCCCGGAAGAGUAUCUGGCGUCCCUGCAUCAGUCGCGCAAUCAGGCGAUGAAUGUGUUGAAAAAUUUCUACAAAUCGGAGGACAUUUUCUUGGACCUGUUUGAAGACGAGUACAACGAAAUGGUAAAAGCUACGCUAAACGUGGAAUUCCUCUGCAACGAUUCUACCAUCUUGUUACCACCGACGGGAACGCCGCUGACGGGGAUAAGCUUCACCCGCCGUUUACCGUGCGGCGAGGUGGAGAAGGCACGGCGCGCCAUUCGCGUGUUCUUCCUGCUGCGCCGCAUGUGCCAGUCGAUGUCGGGCGAGAAGGAAACACUACUACCACUCACGAAUCUGAACCAAUGUGUUCAAAUAGAUAAUGCGCUGGAUUUGAAUAAUAGUGAUUUGAUUGCGUGCACUGUCGUCAUGCGAGACGGCACGAAGUACCGGCGCUUUUUGGUGAUGGAUAUUCUGCAGCUCAUCCUGGUCGAGCCGGACAGCAAGCGGUUAGGGUGGGGUGUGGCUAAAUUUGUCGGCUUUCUGCAGGACGUGGAGGUAAACGGCGACAAGGAGGAUUCGCGCAGUCUUCACCUAACCAUCCACCGGGGCGGUGCGACCAACAACCGAACGCCCAUCCUGUCGGCCAAGUUUAUGUUUGACGAUCACAUCCGGUGCAUGGCAGCGAAGCAGCGGCUAACAAAGGGACGCAGCAAAGCACGGCAGAAGAAAAUGUUCCAGAUAGCGCAGCUGUUGGAAAUUCCGGGCCAACUGAAUGAUCCAUCCUUCCCAACGCUCGCCGGGACGGGAGGAUCGUCGGCCAGUGGCACGCCUUCGCUGCGGCACGGAGCUUCGGGACGUCAGGGAAGGGAACAUCGUCCGUUAUUUUCCACCAGCAACCGGGUGCCGGGAGUGGCUGCGGCCUUGAGGCGCGAUAGUAUGCCAUCGGGCAGCGUCAGUCGUGUGCAGAUGAGUGCGAGUCGCUCAACCGAAGGAGAACCAACGGGCACGCGAAGAAAGCUGACUGCUGGAGCCACUCGGCGGGAAAGCAGCCAACCGAUCGGCAUUGGAUCGAGCUCGCUGAAAUCGCGGGACAAUUCGCGUAACCGGUCCGGUACGCCCCGGUCCAGGGAAUCGAGCCCGCGCAUACCACGGCCCCGUUCGGAGGAGAUACCGCUGGAAGACUUUCGUCGCUCCCAAAACUCUAGUCCCGUGUCGCGCAACUCAUCCAACAAUCCAUCCCGUUCGCACACUCCCUCCCGGUUAACGUUAGAGCCGCUGAGUGUGGUUAACAUCUCGUCGAACAUGGGCGGCAGUGGAAGUGGGACGACCGGUGGCAACGGGAGCGUGCUGAGCGGUUCCGUGAAAGAUCCGAUCAUUCCGAAUGUGCUGUUAGCUGGUACGAUGAACCCGGUGCCGAACGUAACGCCACUACCGGCCGGCGGCCCGCUCGCCGUACCGUCGGAGUUGAGCCCAACAUCGGAGGAAACAUCGUUCAUAGCGAACGAGGAGCGGCAGAAAAAGCGAGGAGUCAUCGAGACGGUGUAAACACUGAAUCGCGAUAGCAGGGUACACAUAUUUACGAUCGAUGGCUCCGGACAAAGAAGAUUCGUAAGGGGUGUGGUACUCUUCCUUUGUAUUUAUUUCUGUUGUAACGGUUAGGUUUUAUUGUUGAGAUUUUAAAUGUUCAGUUCUAUUAGCAAAUAAACGAUAGGAAUAUGGCUGUAAUCAA